GAGCGGUACCGCAGCAGAUAUCAGCUACUGACCAUGUCAACAGAGUUCCAGGAUGCUCACCUUGCAGAGGUGAAACCUCUGGUGGAGAAGGAAGAGGCUAUCACUCGCCUCCUUCCAGACUUUGAUGUUCAGGAGCAAGAUGUGGAGACUGUGCAUGGCUCGGUCCGUGUCACCAUGUGUGGGACUCCCAGAGGGAACCGGCCAGCUAUCCUCACCUACCAUGACAUCGGGCUGAAUCAUAAAACUUGCUUCAAUCCUCUCUUCAACUUUGAGGAUAUGCAGGAAAUCACCCAGCACUUUGCAGUCUGCCAUGUGGAUGCACCUGGUCAGCAGGAUGGAGCACCGUCUUUCCAAGCUGGGUAUGUGUAUCCCUCCAUGGAUCAGCUGGCCGAAAUGCUUCCCGCAAUCCUGAAACAGUUUGGGCUGAAGACCAUUAUAGGAAUGGGAACUGGAGCUGGUGCCUACAUCUUAACCAGAUUUGCUUUAAACCAUGCGGAGAUGGUGGAGGGAUUAGUUCUCAUUAAUGUAAACCCCUGUGCUGAAGGUUGGAUGGACUGGGCAGCAACUAAGGUAAACAUUUUUAAUAUCAGAUACUUAGAUAAUCUUGCUGUUCAGAUUUCAGGUUGGACAAAUGCUUUGCCAGACUUGGUCAUUUCACAUCUUUUUGGAAAGGAAGAGAUUCACAGCAACCAUGACCUGAUCCAUACUUACCGUCAGCAUAUAAUUAAUGAUAUGAAUCAAACCAACCUUCAUCUCUUUGUCAACUCUUACAACAGUCGGCGAGACCUAGAGAUUGAGCGCCCUGUUCCUGGAAUAAAUGUUGUCACUCUUCAGUGCCCCGUCCUCCUGGUGGUUGGCGACAGUUCCCCGGCGGUGGAUGCCGUGGUUGAAUGCAACUCAAAGCUGGACCCAACAAGGACCACACUUCUGAAGAUGGCUGACUGCGGUGGGCUCCCUCAAGUUUCCCAGCCUGCCAAGCUUGCAGAAGCUUUCAAAUACUUUGUUCAGGGAAUGGGAUACAUCCCCUCUGCUAGCAUGACCAGGCUGAUGAGGUCCCGCACCGCUUCUGGCUCCAGCGUAACCUCUUUGGAAGGACAGAGGAGCCGGUCUCACACUGGGGAAGGCACGAGGAGCCGGUCUCACACUGGGGAGGGAACAAGGAGCCGAUCCCACACUGGGGACGGUGCCAGAAACCGCUCCCACACAGACACGCGCAUCGAGCUGACGCCAAACUCGGCAAGCAAUGCUGAACAAUCAAGCCCCAAGUCCAUGGAAGUGUCCUGUUAGAUGGCUGUGGGAGGUUUAAACUGGUCACAGUGUGAAAAAGUAAUGGAUGCCCCCUGUGUAUCACAAAAGCAUAACUGGUAUUAAUCUCAAGCUAUUCUAUAGGAUGAACUCAGUUCACCAGGGUCUGACAGGGACCAAAGAAAAGAAGCAUCUCAUUUGCUCUGUCGUUAUUCUUGUAACUCAGACAGUUGCUGCUAUUGUGCCCUCCUUCAAUGGAUGCCAAAUUCUAAAGGAUACUUGCCAAAAGCUGAUGUGGAUGUAAACACUUCAGAGUCAAACCAGACUUGCUUAUUAUCCUCCUUUAAAAUCAAAGCUGUUACAUGCCCCUUUAUCUCUUAUUCUCUUGAAGUAAACUGGCACAAUUUGAGACGAGUUUCAAAGAGGGGGAAAAAAAUCACUGUUAUGGAUGGCUUUUAAAGAAGGAAACGAAACAAAUGUGUUAUGGCCUCAUGUUGAAGCUGGAGUCGAAUUCAUUGUAUAUAGCUUGACUUCAAAUGAUAAAGUUAAUGUAUCGUGCAUUUAUAGGCCUUCUAAUUCAUUAGUAUUCAAGCCUGUUUUCCUAUGUACAAUAAUAUACUACUAAAAUAGGCGAUUUUAAUGUGACUGAGAUGAACUAAAUCUUUAAGCUUUUUUAUGUCACUUUUUUGAGAUUUAGUUCCAGUCUUCCUUUCCUUCCCCCCUCCUAGACCCUAAAACUGCUUAGCCAAAUGAGGACAGGACUUAAGUUUAAUAAGCAAGGUAGUAUUUCCCUCUUUGGGAUCUUGGGCCAAAGGGUUUACCGUAUGGCAAAAGUUGGUGUAGUUGUAACAAAUAGGGUAGCUGUACAUGCCAGCAAAGCAGAAGCAGCUUGAUUUUUCCUUCAGACAGCUUCUUAUCUUUGCAGCUCAAGUUUUUGUGUCCAGCAUAAUUGUGAUAAAUUCGAAAUUCUGUAAGCAAAGCCAGAUCCAGCUGUUCUUUGUCAGGAGAGAUGAAUAACUGUAGGAUGGCAUGUAAUUAGAUACUGUACAUUCAACUGCCACUAAUUACUAGAUUUGAAACUCUGAUGACAUCUCACUGGUGCUGAGAAGUGUAUUCCACAAAGUGGUGGAGCAGCAGCACUGUAUCUGUGAAAUGCAGUGUUUAAUGACUGCAUAAAUGUAAUGAUCUGCUGGUUCUGCAUCUUUACGUAGCCUUCUGAUACCUUGGGUUACUUUCUUUGAUGCUACUGGCUUGAUACCUUUCCACCAGUCAGAUUUUCACAGUUGGGUGUUCCUAAAUUUGUCCUCCCGUAGGUAGCGGGACAGGAUUUCCUGAGCUCCAGUGCAUACCUGCUGCAUUGCAGUCCUCACACAAACAACAAAACUCAAAUGCCGAGCAGUUAAAUAGCAAAUGUUAAUACUUUGGGAUUGCUUGUUCAGAAGAACACCGUCUAGGUUACUUCAUAUUGACUAACUUCGGCUCUUGUGUAGAAUAUCCGUAACGGUUUGUGGGAAGAACAGACAAUUUCCAGAAAGAAUAAAGCUAUUGUGUAAAGUCUAUCAAGAAAAGUUUCUUAAUGAAGUAUUUGUAUUUAUUUCAAAACAAAUAAAUUUGUA